CUCUCUCGGCCCCAGCCACACAGAUUUGCGCAGCGGCCUGCGGGUCGGAGCGAGCGUCCGCGGGGCGCUGCGCGGGGAGCAAGGGGAUGGGGCGGCCCGCGGCCUCGGAGCUGUCCCCGGGAUCAGCUUCCUGGCCGAGUGCAAAAGGGGAUCACAGCCUCCCCGGCCGCUGCUGCAGAGCCCGGGUGGACGGCGGCGACCGCUCCUAGCAGCCGCCUCCCCCCCGGCCGCCUCCCUCUCCCUCCCCGCGCGUCCUCUCCGCCCACCGCGCUCCAGCCUCUCCAUCGCAGCCCGGCCCGCGCUUGUCAUCCGCCCCCCACCCCACCCCACCCCGAGCCGCCGUGCUAGCCCCUCGGUCAGCCAUGGGGGACCUGCCGGGCAUCGUGCGCCUCUCCAUCGCGCUGCGCAUCCAGCCCAAUGAUGGCCCGGUCUUCUUCAAGGUGGACGGGCAGCGCUUCGGCCAGAACCGCACGAUCAAGCUGCUCACCGGCUCCUCCUACAAGGUGGAGGUCAAGAUCAAGCCCACCACGCUGCAGGUCGAGAACAUUUCCAUUGGUGGUGUACUGGUCCCCCUGGAACUGAAGUGUAAAGAGCCUGAUGGGGACAGAGUUGUCUACACGGGCACAUAUGACACGGAAGGAGUGGCCCCAACCAAAAGUGGAGAACGACAACCCAUCCAGAUCACCAUGCCGUUCACGGACAUUGGAACCUUUGAGACGGUGUGGCAAGUCAAGUUCUACAAUUACCACAAGCGGGACCACUGCCAGUGGGGAAGCCCCUUCUCUGUCAUUGAGUAUGAAUGCAAGCCCAACGAGACACGCAGUCUCAUGUGGGUGAACAAGGAGUCCUUCCUCUGAAGACAGUUCUUUGUGAUGUUGCUGGACAAUCUCUCCAGAAAUCUACUUUUAGAUAAACCAGCACAAGCCUUAACCAAGGCACACCAACACCGUGGCUAUUUCCUACCUGGUUCUGAUGACCUCCUAGCCCCAAUUAUUGUGAAAGUGUAACUCCCAUGAUGCAGUAUCCCUGACAUAAUAGAUAAUAAUGUCCUGCCCUGAAAAUACUUCUUCCUGUGUUCUAUGCUGGUGUCUUUGAAUCCAGCCACGCUCAGUUAUGUUGUUGAUUGCUGUGACUGGAGCUCAAUACAAUCAGAAGCCUUGUCCUGUACUAGAGGCUUCCAUAGAAUGACUGUGGUGUUUUGUUUCCAAAGAUGAGUAACUCACCCUUUUUUUGUUCAUUGUUAAAUGAAAAAAUAAAACAAACAAAAAAACCCACCUGUGCUUAAGUGCUCCCAUGUGUGAAAUGACAAGUUGUAACAUGCAGUGUUUGCCAGCUCCGGAAGCAGGCUUUGUGAAAAUGUAACAGCAGCAGGUGUGAGCAGGACUCUCUGCCUUCCUCUCAACAGCUCAGCCUUUUCAGGGAAGGGUAAUGACAGGAAGAGGAUGCAUGUGUAGAGACGUAUUUUUAAUGUGUUGACACUCUCUGAAGUAACUCAAGGGAAUGUGCUCUGGUCUCAUGGAAAUGGGGGGAGGAGGGUGGAAGGGAUGGCCAUGGACCACUGAUUGACAGGAGCCAUGGGGUCUCUCUCCCAUUUGGCAAACUACCAUGUGUUUAAAAGGUGGCAUCCCCCACAUUCCCUGUCACUUGAACUUUGUAAAACUGUGUAUGGAACGGUAAUUAACUUUUGAUAUUUCUUAAUAAAGUUACUGAAAAAAAUGCCUGCAUGCA